AUGAUUGAUUCUCGACUUGAAGCUGUUGUGAAUCGAAUGUUUCAAAUGUGCUUCGAAGACCGGCAAUAUAAACAAGUUGUUGGAAUUGCCUUAGAGACGAGGAGGAUUGAUAUGUUCGAAAAGGCUAUUACAGAGUCGGACGACUCCUCUGCUAUGUUAGCCUACAGCUUAAAAGUUUGCUUAUCUCUGAUUAUGAGCCGGCAUUUUCGUAAUGAUGUGCUUCGUGUAUUAACCAAACUUUACAUGGGUUUGAAAUCCCCAGAUUAUAUCAGUGUUUGCCAAUGCUACAUAUUCUUGGAUGACCACAAAUCUGUAGCAGACAUUUUGGAAAAGCUCAUCAAGGGAGAUGAAGAAUCCCAGUUGAAGGCCCUACAGAUAGCGUUCGAUUUGUAUGAAAGUGCUACUCAACAAUUUUUACAGCAAGUUCAGAACUGGCUCCGAGCAGUCGCUCCAGCCCCCUUGCCGUCCUCUAAAAAGAUCUCGGACGAAAAUAAACAAACUGCCAGUGGGGGCGAAGCAAAGGAAGAAAAGAUGGAAGUGGAUGAAGAAAAGACAGACAACUCGGAUCAAUCUGCAUCAACUGCUGGUGCUUCUUCUUCUGCAUCAGCAUCAGCAUCUGCAUCUGCAUCUGCUACACCUGCCCAAUCACUGACAGAAGAACAGAAACAACUCCAAGAACGACUGGUCAAACUUUACACCAUCCUAGGGGGAGAGAAUACCAUUGGAUUACAUUUGCAAUUUUUAAUCCGUAACAAUAAAACAGAUUCUUUGAUCUUAAAGAAUACUAAAGAUGCUGUCAGAAAUUCUUUGUGCCACUCUGCCACAGUCAUUGCCAAUUCAUACAUGCAUUGUGGCACCACAUGUGACCAAUUCCUGCGUGACAACCUUGAGUGGCUGGCCCGUGCUACUAAUUGGGCUAAAUUCACUGCAACAGCAAGUUUGGGUGUUAUUCACAAGGGACAUGAAAAAGAAGCCUUGAAUCUCAUGUCUACAUACCUUCCCAAGGAUUCCAGCCCUGGAUCUGCUUAUUCUGAAGGUGGAGGAUUAUACGCUUUGGGAUUGAUUCAUGCCAAUCAUGGUGGAGAAAUUGUCGAGUAUCUUCAUAACCAACUCAAGGAUGCUUCAAAUGAAAUGGUCCGUCAUGGUGGUUGCUUAGGCCUUGGUUUAGCUGCCAUGGGCACUGCCCAGCAAGACAUAUUUGAACAAUUAAAAGUAAACCUUUACCAAGAUGAUGCUGUAACUGGAGAAGCUGCUGGCCUGGCUAUGGGUCUUGUAAUGCUGGGAACCAAAAAUAGUGAUGCAAUUCAGGAUAUGGUUGCCUAUGCUCAGGACACCCAGCAUGAGAAAAUUCUGCGGGGUCUUGCUGUUGGCAUUGCCUUAACUAUGUAUGGACGGUUAGAAGAAGCUGAUGAUUUAAUAAAUACCUUGUCCCAAGACAAAGAUCCAAUCUUAAGAUGGUCAGGCAUGUAUACAUUAGCCAUGGCCUAUUGUGGAUCUGGUAACAACCAGGCCAUCCGGAAACUCCUGCAUAUUGCUGUCAGUGAUGUAAAUGAUGACGUGAGACGAGUUGCAGUCACAUCCCUUGGCUUCCUUCUUUUCCGCACACCUGAGAAAUGCCCGCAAGUUGUCUCUCUUUUGUCUGAGAGUUACAAUCCACACGUGAGAUUUGGUGCUGCCAUGGCUCUGGGUAUUGCCUGUGCUGGCACUGGUCUCAAAGAAGCAAUCAGUUUGCUGGAACCAAUGACUAAUGACCCUGUUAAUUAUGUACGACAAGGAGCACUCAUUGCUUCUGCCCUAGUACUCAUCCAGCAGAAUGAGGUCACUUGCACCAAGGUGACACACUUCCGACAACUCUACACAAAGGUCAUCUCUGACAAACAUGAUGAUGUCAUGGCUAAGUUUGGAGCUAUUCUUGCUCAAGGAAUUUUAGAUGCUGGUGGCAGGAAUGUUACCAUUUCUUUACAGUCUCGCACUGGACACACAAACAUGGAAGCCGUCGUAGGCAUGUUAGUGUUCUGCCAAUUCUGGUUCUGGUAUCCACUGACCCAUUUCUUGUCUUUGGCAUUCAAACCAACUUGCAUCAUUGGGCUUAAUAAUAAUCUAGGAAUGCCAAAGGUCCAGUUCCGAUCAAAUGCUAAGCCUUCCACAUUUGCUUAUCCGCCACAUCUGGAGGAAAAGAAAGACAAAACCAAAGAGAAGGUGAAAACAGCUGUACUCAGUAUCACUGCAAAGCAGAAGAAGAAAGAAGCUGAAAAGAAAGAGAAAGAAGAAAAGAUGGAAGUUGAUGAAGCAAAGUCAGAGGAAACAGAUAAGAAAACAACCAAAACAGAUAAAGAUGAAAAGAAAAAAGAUGACAAAAAAGACAGCAAAAGCAAAAAAGAUGACAAAGAUGAAAAAUCGGAAGAUGCGAAAGAUAUCGAAAAGAAACCGGAACCUAAUUUUGAAUUGUUAGACAACCCAGCUCGUGUGAUGCGAGCUCAACUGCGAGUAAUCAGUAGUCCUGACUCUCCCAGGUAUACUCCAAUGAAAGACGUUACUAGUGGGGGCAUCAUUAUGCUGCUGGAUCGUAAGCCAGAAGAUCCUGAAGACCUAGUAGAACCUAUUGCUGCUGGCGGACCCAAAGUAGAAGAGGAAACAGAACCAGAACCACCAGAGCCAUUUGAAUGGACUGAAGAUUAA